AUGGUUGCUCAUAACAUAGUAACUACUUUAAUUUUGUUUUUAUUUCCAGUUUUAUAUUGCAGUUCAAAUGAAAUCGGUAAAAAAGAAGAUUCUUUUCGUGAAGAAUUAUUUUUAAAAUCAUAUCCUAGUGGUGAUGUUUAUUCAUAUUUUCAAUUUACAACGUUAUGGAAUACAAGUAGUCAUUUAAAUCCAUACCAACAUUGUCACUUAUUUCCUAGAGCUUUAGGUGAAAUAAUUCAUAGAUUUAAUGUUCAAGAACUACAUAUUACAUUAACUCGAGGACUUUGGAGAUAUGAAAAAUGGGGAUAUCCUACUUAUAAUGCUGCUCCGGGAGCAGAAGUUUGGGUUUGGUUUAGAAACGGAACUACUAAUGUUGAUGAAAAUUGGAAAAAAUUAACUUCAGCUCUCUCUGGAUUGUUUUGUGCAUCUUUAAAUUUUUUGGAUAAAACAAAUAGUAUUAAUCCCUAUUACAGUUUUAGACAUGCCGGAGUAAUAUUAGAAAAAGAAGAUCCCAAUUUGUUGAGGUAUGGAAUUUUACCUCAAGAAAUUGUUUGCACAGAAAAUUUAACACCAUGGAAAAAACUUCUUCCUUGUGAUUCUAAAAGAGGUUUAGCAUCAUUACUUAAUGCUAAUUACAUUCACACAACUACUUAUCAUUCUUUAGGAAUUCAUUUGAGGGAUAUUUGUAGAGACAGCUCUUGUACGAAAACAUCAAUUGAAUUAAAACAAACUGUCACUCUUAUGUACGACUUGGUAAUUUUAGAAUCUAACGAUUUAGAUUAUUCUAUAAGAAAAUUAUUUGGUUCCGGUAUACCAAAUCGCUGUCCUCUGGCAGAAGAAAGCAAAAUUUAUAUAGACACAACUAGCUGUAAUCAAAAUUUAAUUAAAUUGUAUCCAAAACCCUCAUAUACUACAAUUUCUAACAGAGGUGGAAGUAAAAGUAAUAUUGCAGUUUAUAAUUUAAAAGAAUUUACUGGAAUGUUCAACAUAGCUGUUACAUAUAAAUCGAAAAAUAUCAAAUUUGGAAGUGUUAAACCUCCUUUACUGUGGGCAAAUCGUUUUCUGGCUGGUUUCGGUAGGCAGAAAGGAGGUAUCAUAACUAAAAUAUACAAUAAACAUUGGAAACAUCUUAAUGUUAUAAUACUAGAAAAUUUUCCAUGGUAUGUUCCUGUAUAUUUACACACAUUAAAAAUAGUUUCGAAUGGAAUUGAAAUAAAACCAGCUGUUGUUAAGUAUAUUCCGGGGAAGCAAAGACUGAAUCCGACAUAUUUAGAAUUAAUUGUUCAAUUACCUCCGAGAUCAAAUGUUGAUGUUUCAAUAGAUUUUGAUUAUGUAUUUUUAAAAUGGCAAGAUUAUCCACCAGAUGCUAGUCAUGGUUUUUAUAUUGGCUCAUCAGUUAUCACAAGUUUAUUACCACUUGCUAAAAAUUACACUGGCAUUCCACAAAAUGAAUCUUACAUUGAAUCCAGUUUCAAUGCAUCAAGAGAUGGAUAUUUGGUUAGAAUUCGAACUGAAUCAAUGAUAAUAACUUUACCAACUCCUGAUUUCAGUAUGCCUUACAAUGUUAUUUGUUUGGUUUGUACAGUUGUGGCUUUGGCAUUUGGUCCUAUUCAUAACAUAACAACCAAAAGGUUUGAAUAUUUUUAUUUACCUUUUAUACCUUUCGAUUGA